CAUCUUCUUUCACACCACUCGUCAACCACCGCAUGAUUACUACUGCUUUAUGCGCAGUAGACGGGCGCAGAUAAUGUGAGCUGACUCGUCUUUCAGGCUUCAAGUUGGUAAUCCACGGAUCACACGCUUCCGAGUCACAGCUUGGCAAGUCAAUCUUGCGACCUGGCCGACAUGUUAUGCUUCUGGUCACAGCGGCUGAUGGAUACUUGCUUCUCGCGCAGAUGGCCCGCGAAAAUACCGGCAUGACUCGUUCUAUUUGGCAGCUGCGUCUUCUCUGCUGGCUGGAGUCACAGGAUUGGUAAGAAGUUUGGCUGAGUCAGUCUACAGAAGCGGUGACUACCGGAGCAGUUCUUCGAUGUUUCUGUGGCGGCAAUAUAUCGCAUGGUCGGAAACGAACAAUGCAGAGAACGUCAGCAAGGACUUGACACGACGUCUUUGACUAUCUUUCUUGGGCUGGGGCAGCAUUUCUUUCCUACUUUAAUUUGGAAUACUGAUGCCAGGCCAACGCGAUAGACCAAAAAUUCUGGAGUGAUUCGCUGGUAUAUCGUGAUUUCCAUGUCCCAAUAUCGCUUUCUGCGACAGUUAGCUUGGAUAUCGUCCGCUACUCACUAUUAAUCUUCAUAUUGGUCAGCUGCAAUCCCUGUACGCGCUCCAGGCAACGCUCUUGAUUACACAAGAUCUUAUGCGACGCUGCACACACACAUGCAGUGAUAUCUCCACUUGGAAGAGGUGCUUAUGGAGUGUCCCACCUAUGCCCUUGGUCAUCAUUGUCUCCCUGCCUCCUGGGCUGCUUAUAAGGGCCAUCGAGGCGGACAGAAACACUAGCAGUCGAUUCAACACUCUCACAGCUUCUUCUUCUUCUUCACCUCUCGCACUCCGCACAUAUCAGCCAUGUCGCACGGAAAGCAGUUCACUCUCUUCAACCACAAGGGCGGCCCAAACGGAUGGCAUGUCGCCUUCAUCCUCGAGGAGCUCUGCUUGACCUACGAGUCCGUGUUCCCCGAAAUAAACAUGAGGGCACACAAGGGCGCUGAGGGCCUCGCCAAGUACAACCCGAACGGCCGUAUCCCUGCGCUCAUCGACCACGGAAACAACGACUUCGUCAUUUGGGAGUCCAACGCGAUCGUCCAGUACGUCGUCGACAAGUACGACAAGGAGCGCAAGAUCUCCUUGGCACCCGGCACGGAGAGAUACUACACGCAGCUUCAGUGGCUGUACUUCCAGAGCUCCGGUCAGGGUCCGUACUACGGCCAACUGGCCUGGUUCAUCACCUACCACCCGGAGAAGCCCCAGAGCAUUCUCGACCGCUACACGAACGAGACCAAGCGCGUGCUCGGCGUCCUCGAGGGCGUGCUCUCGAAGCAGGAGUGGCUCGUCGGCAACAGGCCCACCGUCGCGGACAUCUCCUUCUUCACCUGGAAUGAGAUCACCGUUGGUAAUUUCCUCGAGAACUUUGACUUCGAAAAGGAAUUCCCUGUCACCGCCAAGUGGCACAAGAAGAUUCUCGAGCGCCCCGCCGUUAAGAAGGUCUGGGAUGAGCGUGCCAGGCUUCUCGCUCAGAAGUGAAGUUCGCACCAGUGGUUGCGUAUAAUACUCUUUGGACGGCUAGAAUGCACUACGAAUGAAUAUACUACUAGCUGUGGCUUGUAGAUACAAAUCAUACUUUUCGCUGCCCGGGAUCGAGUUGGGACAGCCUGCGAACAUCCGGUGGGGAACAGGGAAAGCUUCGGUGCUUGUUCAAGGCUGAUUUUGAGAACUAGCAGAGUUGUGUCGCGGACUCGGGUCUCGGGGGUUACGGAGGGAGUGAUCAGUAGACAGUUCAUAGUACGC